AUGAAAAGGGUAACGCCAAAAGACGCUGAUCCCGAGCCAGUGAAAGCCAAUACCGUUGGGGAAAAGCGUGUGCGAGAUGCGAAUGGAAGGUUGGUGGCCACCGAGUUGAUGGCCGAGUUGAUGGCCGAGUUGAUGGCCGAGUUGAUGGCCGAGUUGAUGGCCGAGUUGAUGGCCGAGUUGAUGGCCGAGUUGAUGGCCGAGUUGGUGGCCGAGUUGGUGGCCGAGUUGGUGGCCGAGUUGGUGGCCGAGUUGGUGGCCGAGUUGGUGGCCGAGUUGAGUAUCGACGAUUUUCUGCUGUUCGGUCGUUAUGGCUUGUUGCUUGCGAUUUUAAUUGAGUUUGUGAUGAUCGUUGAAUGUGGAAAUUUGUUGUUUAUGACAUUUGCAGGUGCUGACGCUGAAAUAAUCUCUUGUCACAGUGAUUCACCUGAAACAAAUGUCACUUAUUCAUCUGAUGAUUAUUGCGCAAUGUUCAAUCAAGACGAUUGUCCUGAUUCUAAAUUUCAUUAUGAUUUUCGUUCGGUAAACGUUGAGUGGAAACUCCUCUGCGAUAAGAAAGAAAGAGUCAAGGACAGCACGUCAUAUCAAUUUUUGGGCAAAUUGACUGCACAGAAGAAGAGAGUGGCUAACACGUUUUUCGGUGAGUUUUUCCCCUCUCGAUAUCGGCAGGGUCUCUCGUUUAUCCUCAACUGGUCACCAAAUCUUCUUGUUGUCACAGGGAUAGCAUAUGUUUCACAUUCGUGGAGAGCUUUCGCCAUCAUCAUCAGUGUGGCCACCAUACCGGCCAGUCUCAUUAUGGCCUUUCUAGAUGAGACACCGCACUUUUUGUUGAGAAACGGAAAACCCAACGAGUCGAUGAAAGUUCUCGAGCGGAUACAUAACAUAAACAGACAUGAGGUAGAUGUUAAAGCACUUGGCGAGGUGUUUCGAGAGAAGAAACAACAGCUUGAGGACACAGAAGCUACGAAAUCAAAGACAGAAGCCUACUCUAUUUUUCAUCUCUUUUGCACCCCUCAACUUAUUGCGUAUACAGUAGCACUGUCUGAAUAUCGAUUCAAAUGGCUUGGAAGAAAAAUAAGUCAUCACAUUUUCUGCGUUAUCACCAUGAUUUUCUUGUUUGCUUCGAUGAUUGGAGAUCUCACAAAUGCUCCAAGUUUAUUUUCCCGAAUCUUUCUUCUAACUACAGCCGCCAUCGUUGUGCAGCUCUUUGCCGUGCUUGGCAUCAUUUGUAAUGAGAUCUUUCCAACGGCCCUUCGAAAUACCUCGUAUGCCUUCACGCAGUUCGUUCAAAGUAUCGCUCCGAUUCUCGCCCCGCAUCUCUAUUCAGUGUCAGGAAGCCACAAAUGGCUUCCACCUGUAAUCAUGCUCGCCUUUUUUCUUAAUUUUUUGAUUAUUUCAUGUGACGAGAUGCCAGAAAGCGAAGAUGUUCGAGACAAAGAGCAACAAGAAGGUGAUACACUUAUGCCCGAGAAGAAAUGCAUCGACGAUUUUUUGUUAUUUGGACGAUAUGGCUUUUUAACGGCGAUUCUCAUUGAGCUUGUGAUGGUGGCUGAAUGUGGAAACUUGUUGUUUAUGGUUUUUGCUGGUGCUGAUGCUUUGAUCAUCACUUGUGACAAAGAUGGCAGCCUCGUAACGACCCGCGAAACGUUUCUCAAUGAUGGAUUUUGUUCACAGUUUAACACAGGGAACUGCACAAAUCCGGCUCUACAGCAUGAUUUUUAUUCCGUGAACGUUGAAUGGAAUCUGCUCUGUGAUCGGAAGAAAGAAGUCAAAGACAGCACAUCUUAUCAGAUGAUCGGCUUUCUGGUGGGAUCGAUUGCUUGGGGUCGAGCUGCUGACCGUUUUGGGCGAAAACGAUCAAUGAUCAUUUCUUUGAUUUUCACGGGACUCCUCGGGAUCGCGUCUGUUUUCACCCACGAUAUUCGCAUGUUUACCAUUCUGCGAACGCUUGUCUCCUUUUUCGUGAUCGGCAGUGGAAUAGUUGCCAACACGUUCUUCGGCGAGUUUUUCCCGUCCCGACAUCGGCUUAUCUUAGCCUACAUUCUCAACUGGUCACCAAAUCUUUUGGUGGUCACCACCAUAGCCUAUUUCUCUCAAACGUGGCGAGUUUUCGCGAUUGUGAUCAGCGUGAUCACCCUACCAGCCAUGUUAAUCAUGUGCUAUCUCGACGAGACGCCACAUUACUUGCUGCGAAGUGGUAAACCGGAAAAAUCGAUUGAAGUGAUCAGACGAUUUCAUAAAAUAAACAAUGAGAAGCUCGAUUUGAAAGAGUUGGAGGAGGUGUUUCGAGACGAAAACGAAAGCCAAGAGAAAGUAACGGUGGAAUCCUAUUCGUUCCUUCACCUCUUUUGCACUCCUCAACUCAUCGGUUUAACGCUAGCGACCUGCUUCAGCAACCGGUUUUAUAAGCUACUCGUUGUUGUU